UGCAGAUUUUGUGUUGUUGCUGCGCUGUUGCGUGGCUUGGCAAUGCAUUUUUUCCUUUCACAGCUGUAAAGAGAAGGUCCUGUUUUCCCACUCGUAGCAAUGGAGGAUCAGAUUCGGAAAGUUUGUAAAGAGCUUGCGUCAGCUCAGAGGAAGAUGAGGCGGCGCUCCAAUGCUGCAGAUCUUUGGUGGGGGUUGACCGGCAGAAUGAUGAAGGUUGCGCUUUCUAUUUACAUUUUGUCUUCUUAUGAUGUGGCUCUGGCCGUGCGUUUUGCGACCAGUGCCAGAAAAAAGAGAAAAGCUUUGGCAGAUGAUGGGGCCGCCGUGGGCAGACCUCCGAUUGAAGAUUGGUUUGCAGCACUUCGCGAGGAAGAGCUUUUCCCCCUUGUGCAUCCAGUCACUCUGGCGGAGAAACGCGUCACAGAGACGGCCAAAAAGUACAUCGCGGGUAGUUCUGCAGCAUCUUGGGUGCAACGCAUGAAUUUCUGUCACCAUGUGGCCCCACCCACAAGUGUCUUAUUGGAACGGUACAAAGCUAAUCUGCAAGCUGAAGGCAGUGAUAUCAGCGCAGCCUUGAGUUCUUCGAUGGUAGCUGACCAUGGGCGGCCUGGGAGGUAUGCCAAAAAGUGGCUUCAGCGCUUCAGAAAGAAAUGGAAUCUGCGUGUUGGCAAGUUAUCCAACGAGACCUGCAUCCCUGCCACAGAGUUGCGUUCGAAGGUUAUGACUUUCUACCAGUGGGUUGACUUUUUGCGCACUGAAGCCGAUGGACGAGGCUUGGAGAUUGACUGGCUGAACCUAGACGAAACCAGCGUGCCACAGUCCUUUGUAGAUUGCCAAGGCAAUAUUGCCCGUGUUGGGCCCAGGCAGUUGCCAUGUCACAACAUACCUUUACAUCGGCGACGUGGCUGCGCGACCUUCGUGUGUGUUGUAGCAGCCAGUGCCAGAUUGCAAGCAGUGAUGCCCCAGGUCUGGAUUGGAAACAAGCGUGUGUUCAGAGCCAAAGAUCUUAGAGAAGUGGCGCCUGAAAUUCCACACAACUGUCUUCUGUGGCGUGAAGCCACGUCUUGGAAUACGGCAUUACUCAUGGAAAAGAUCUUGACACUCAUCGCUGAGAGAGCCGCUACAGUGUUAGGUCCCCGGAGUCAGCUUGCCCUAGUGUUUGAUUGCGCAUCGGUGCAUUUGACGAGGGCAGUGCUGCAAAAAGCCCAAUCCUUGUCCAUAUGGAUCGUGCUUGCGCCGACAGCUUGCACACAUGCUGUGCAACCAGCAGACACGCAUGUCUUUGCUGGUGUGAAAGCUUUUUUGCGGAAUUGCGUGUCGGAAUGCAAAAUGAGAUCGCCAAAUGGCACCCUCGCUCAAGCAGAUUGGUUGCGUUGCUGCCUGAAAACGGAGAGCUUCCUCAAAGACCGGCCUUGGAGGCAAGCUUUUUUGGACAAUGGGAUCCUGGGCGAACGCCAUUGUCUUUCAGCGAAGCUGAGAGAUCAUAGGUUUCCAUCACCUUCUGUGUCACCGCCGCCGAGCUAUGACCUGCUAAGUACCAUCUUGCCGAAGGCAUGCCAAGUCCAUUAUUGGGACCUAUUUGGAGGGGUACUGCGCGUGCCUCCGUUGGUUG